AUGGCACGGUUCUCCCCCCACUUCUCGCGGCAACGAAGCCCACCCCUCCACCCCGCCGCCGCCGCCACCGCCGCGCACGUCCACAGCCUACUCGCCCUCCUCCUAAAUCACCAAUCCGCCAGACGCCCGCUCCUCCAGAUCCACGCCCAGCUCAUCACCCACAAGGUGUUCGACGGGCGUCCCACGCCAUGGCACACCCUCCUCAAAGCCUACUCCCGCGGCCCCUUCCCGCAGGAGGCGCUGCACCUCUUCCGACACUCCCGCCGGCACGCGGCCUCCAACACCUACGCCUUCACCUUCGCCCUCGGGGCCUGCACCAGGCUGACAUGGCCACAUGCCACCCGGCAACUGCACGGUCUUCUAAUCCGGAACGGGUUCGCGUGCCACGCCCACGUGCACACCGCCCUCACCAGCGCGUACCUCGCGUGCGGGCGCCUGGCGGACGCCCGGGCGGCGUUCGACGAGAUGCCGGCGAAGAACGCGGUCUCCUGGAACGUGAUGGUCACCGGGUUCGCUGGGCGCGGCGAGGCCGAGCACGCCAGGCUGCUCUUCGAGCGGAUGCCGUCUAGGAACGUUGUGUCGUGGACCGGGAUGAUAGACGGGUACACGCGGUCUUCUCGCCAUCUAGAGGCCGCUGAGCUUUUCCGCCGCAUGAUGGCGGAAGGCGUUAGCCCGAGCGAGAUUACCGUUUUGGCGGUUGUGCCUGCAGUAGCCAGUAUUGGAAGGGUUCUCUUGAGCGAGGCCCUGCAUGGCUUUUGUGAGAAGACGGGUCUUCUUGUGCUGGAUGUCCGAGUCGGGAACUCGCUCGUAGACUUGUAUGCCAAGAUUGGGUCGAUACAGAGCUCGCUGAAGGUGUUCAGGGAAAUGAUGGAGAGGAGAAACUUGGUGUCAUGGACGUCGAUAAUUUCGGGUUUCGCGAUGCACGGGUUGUCAGCGGAGGCAGUUGAACUGUUUGCGGAGAUGAGAAGGGCAGGCAUCGCACCGAACAGGAUCACUUUCUUGAGCGUUCUCAAUGCUUGCAGCCAUGGAGGGCUAGUGGAGCAAGGAGUAGCGUUUUUCAAAAGCAUGGUUUACGAGUACAAUAUAAAUCCAGAGAUCAAGCAUUUUGGGUGUGUCAUAGACAUGCUAGGUAGGGCUGGACGGUUGUGUGAGGCUGAGCAAGUAAUAAGUGGGUUGCCCAUGGAGGUUAAUUCAGUCGUGUGGAGGACACUGCUGGGUUGCUGCAGUAAGUAUGGAGAAGUGGAGAUGGGGGAGAGGGCGAUGAAGAAGAUACUAGAAAUCGAAACAGAAUCCGGAGGUGAUUUUGUGGUGGUAUCCAAUAUGCUUACUGAGCAUGGUAGGUUUAGUGACGCUGAAAGAGCACGGAAGCUAGUAGAUGAGAGGAAUGCUGUUAAGGUUCCUGGGCUUGCUUUGGUUGGUGCGAGCCAAUAA